UCCCCUCCUGCCUCUUUGAUUUCGGGCACCUCCGACAGAUAAUUGGGAAGGGUUUCCAGAAGGUGGGAAAUGUCACCUGAUUCACACUGAACUUUUAAAAGCUCCCCACCCCCAAAGAGCCGGCACACCCUCGGUCGCGGCCGCCCUCCCACAGCCCCACACACUGGGAGACCGCCCACCGCAAACCUUAAGACCCCCGUCUAGAUUUAAAGCGCGGCUGCGCCCGGCUUCUGACGUCCAUUGAAUCGCGCGGGCGGCCGGUGGCGAGCGCGGGGCUGCGCCAGGAUCGCUGCGCCCUCCGCCGCUCGCCUCUGCGACGCGCGCCGCUCGCCCGAGCCACCCGCCGCCGCGCUCCUCGCCCUGCGCCUGCCCCAGGAUGGUCUGCGCCCGGCACCAGCCCGGCGGGCUCUGCCUCCUGCUGCUGCUACUCAGCCAGUUCAUGGAGGACCGCAGCGCCCAGGCUGGGAAUUGCUGGCUGCGCCAAGCCAAGAACGGCCGCUGCCAGGUCCUGUAUAAGACCGAGCUCACCAAAGAGGAGUGUUGCAGCACCGGCCGUCUGAGUACCUCGUGGACCGAGGAGGAUGUGAACGACAAUACUCUCUUCAAGUGGAUGAUUUUCAACGGGGGCGCCCCCAACUGCAUCCCCUGUAAAGAAACGUGUGAGAAUGUGGACUGCGGGCCUGGGAAAAAAUGCCGAAUGAACAAGAAGAAUAAACCCCGAUGCGUCUGUGCCCCAGACUGUUCCAACAUCACCUGGAAGGGUCCAGUGUGUGGGCUGGAUGGGAAAACCUACCGCAAUGAAUGUGCGCUCCUCAAGGCCAGAUGUAAAGAGCAGCCGGAACUGGAAGUCCAGUACCAGGGCAAAUGUAAAAAGACUUGCCGGGAUGUUCUCUGUCCGGGCAGCUCCACCUGUGUGGUGGACCAGACAAACAAUGCCUACUGUGUCACCUGCAAUCGCAUUUGCCCAGAACCCGCCUCUUCUGAGCAGUACCUGUGUGGGAAUGAUGGAGUGACUUACCCUAGCGCCUGCCACCUGAGAAAGGCCACCUGUUUGCUGGGCAGAUCGAUUGGAUUAGCCUAUGAGGGAAAAUGUAUCAAAGCAAAGUCCUGUGAAGACAUCCAGUGUGGUGGUGGAAAAAAAUGCCUGUGGGAUUUCAAGGUUGGCCGAGGCCGUUGCUCUCUCUGUGAUGAGCUUUGCCCUGACAGUAAGUCGGAUGAGCCGGUCUGUGCCAGUGACAAUGCCACUUACGCCAGCCAGUGUGCCAUGAAGGAAGCUGCCUGCUCGUCUGGCGUACUGCUCGAAGUGAAGCACUCCGGAUCUUGCAACUCCAUCUCGGAAGACACGGAGGAGGAGGAAGAGGAGGAGGACCAGGACUACAGCUUUCCUAUCUCUUCCAUUCUAGAGUGGUAAACGCUCCACCAGUGCUCAGUGUUGACAAAGCCUCUGGGCAAAACAGAACACAACAAAAGAAAAGGGGGGAAAAAAGAUAGAAAAGAAAAUAAGGAAAAGAAAAAAUAUAUUGUCUAUAAUGUAAAUAAGUGUAUGCUUAUUUAUUUGGGGGGAAAAGUAUACAUGCAAGGACCUUGUCCUAAAGCUCUCUCCGGGCCACAAUGUUACUCACUGGGCAUGGAGAGAUCGUCAUGUUGUGGGUCUACUGGGUGAGGCCUAUAGUUGAGACUUGUAGACGUUUAUUUAUACUGUGUCAUGUUUUAUAAUUUAUACAUAAAAUGUCUGAUUGACUGUAUGCCUUGUUUUUGAAGAAAUUUAUUCGUGAAAGGAA